ACUUUUGUUCAAAAAAAAAAAUAGUCACAUACUUAAAUUCAUACAUUUUUUUUCUUCAUUAAACUCGUACAUUUUUCAUUGAUAGACGAAAUGCCAAAAAAAUUAAAAAUGAAUGCACAUAAUGUGGAGUGAUUAGAGUUUGAAGGCAUAAUGUCUAUCAAUUUCAACAAAGUUGAUUUUUUAUUAAUUUAAAAUGAAGAUAAAAAUUUAGGUAAUUAACCUCUCGUAACGGAUUAGUGGAUAGAUAAUAGAUUUGUCCUUAGCUCAAUAGUCGUAGUUCCAAGUUCCAACAAACAAGCUCAACUUCAAUUUGACCAUGUCUAUCUUCUCCACUCUCAGAAAAUCCAUUUCACCCUUCACCCGCCAUUUUUCAAUCCAACGGUUCCAAAUCCUCCACCCUUCAACAUCACCAUCUUCGCCGUCGACACUGAUCUCUCGGAACACUCUUCUCGCCGCCAUCGUAUCAGGCACGAGUCUAGGGUUUCUUCUCUACACCACCGACUUUGAUUCAACUCCUUUUCAAUUCUCAAUCUCUUCCUUCGUUGACCACUGGUCAACACCUAAUUCCGAAGACCAAAAUCAACGUCGUUUUUCACCUUCCUCAUUCUUUUCCAAAUUGUCUUUACCUGAAACUUCUAGUACCUUCCUUUUUGGAGAAGCAUAUAGGAGAAAAGUUUUCUUCAACUAUGAGAAGCGAAUUCGGUUGCGAAGUCCUCCCGAAAAGGUUUUUGAAUACUUUGCAUCUUAUCGAUCACCAGAAGGAGAAGUACUCAUGAUACCUGCAGACCUAAUGAGGGCUGUAGUUCCUGUUUUCCCUCCAUCUGAAUCUCACCUUGUUAGAGAUGGAUACUUGAGAGGAGAAAGAAACCCUGGUCAUUUACGCUGCUCUCCUUCAGAAUUUUUUAUGCUUUUUGAUGUUAACAGUGACGGGCUUAUAUCUUUUAAAGAGUAUAUCUUUUUUGUAACACUACUCAGCAUCCCAGAAUCAAGCUUUUCUGUGGCAUUUAAAAUGUUUGAUGUGGACAAUAAUGGGGAGAUAACCAAGGAAGAAUUCAAGAAAGUGAUGGCAUUGAUGCGAUCUCAUCAUCGACAAGGUGUUCAACACAGGGAUGGACUGCGAACUGGUCUAAACGUGAAUGAUUCUGUGGAAAAUGGAGGGCUGUUGGAACACUUUUUUGGUAAAGAUGGAAAAAGUUCCCUCCAACUUGAUAAAUUCGUACAAUUUUUACGAGACUUAAAUGAUGAAAUUUUGAGGCUGGAGUUUGCUCAUUAUGACUACAAAUCUCGAAAAACAAUUUCAGCCAAGGACUUUGCUCUCUCCAUGGUUGCUUCUGCUGACAUGAGUCAUCUAGGCAAGUUGCUUGAACGGGUUGAUGAAUUGAAUAAUGAUCCAUGCUUUAAGGAUGUGCGCAUCACUUUUGAGGACUUCAAAAUCUUCGCAGAGCUACGGAAAAAGCUAUUUCCAUUGUCAUUAGCCCUUUUCAGUUUUGGAAAAGUAAAUGGUCUGUUGACGAGAGAUGAUUUUCAGCGAGCAGCAUCACAUGUUUGUGGCAUAUCUCUUUCGGACAACGUGGUUGAUAUUGUUUUCCAUUUGUUUGAUACAAACCAAGACGGAAACCUAAGUACAGAUGAGUUUGUAAGAGUUCUACACAAGCGAGAAAGGGACAUCGGACAUGCUGUGGGGACAGGAAUGUUGGGUUUGUUGUCUUGCUGCUGGAACUGUAAAGAAAACAUCUCAUCUUCACGGUUGUUUUCCUCAUAGGUAAAGUUACUUUCACAGCCAUUUCAAACCACACAAAUGAUACAAUACAAAGUGAAUAUGAGCCCUUGUUUGGAAGGGAGAAAAGAAAGAGAUAAAGAAAAGAAAAAGGCAGAAGGUGGUGAUAAUUGGCUUUAAGGUUUCAGUAUAACUUAUUUAUGUGAAACUAACAAAAGCCCUUCUUAAUAUCUAUCACCUUAGUUUGUACUAUUGCAUUGCUUUACUGUUGAAAAAGAAAAGGUGGGCACAAAAAUAAAUCAUUGUUGACAGCUUAGAAAUAGCAAACAUGACUUGUAAAAUAAAUGUAUGCCACUGAGGUCCUCGUGGCUUUGAAGGUUGACAUGUCUGCCAGUUGUAACUACUUUGCCAUGUAAAUAGUGACCCUUUCCAGAUACAACAAAUAAAAGUGACCCUUUUCCAGCUCUGUAACCAAUUGCAUUUUUUUUUUAUGUUUAAUGAAAUUUAUUUUUGGAUUA